AUGGCAGCCACCAUGGCCCUCUCCUCACCUUCUUUCGCCGGGCAGGCGGUCAAGCUCGCCCCCGCCGCCCCGAGGUCCUCGGCGAGGGGAGGAUUGUCGUGAACGGGGAGCCUUGCACGUCUUGCACGUCUUUUCGCGUAACGGCAUAAGCCUUGCACGUCUCGAGGCACACCUGCCUAGAGCUGUAAGAGGUUGCUUAUUGCUUACGGUUAUUCCUUUUCCCCUUUUGUUGCUCCCUUAUUUAAAGAGGGCUGUAAGAGGUUUUCAAUGAGCGAGAUAGUCUUCCUUGUUCCUCCUGCUGGGUUUUUCCUGUGACUCAGAAGGUGAUCUCGCCGGCGACGUCUUAACUGCCGUCGUCUCUCCGGCGAGUUUCUAACAAGGAUCUCCAUGAGGAAGACCGCCGCCAAACCCAAGCCCGUCUCCUCCGGCAGCCCCUGGUAUGGCCUCGACCGCGUCAAGUACCUGGGCCCCUUCUCCGGCGAGGCCCCCUCCUACCUCACCGGCGAGUUCCCCGGCGACUACGGCUGGGACACCGCCGGCCUCUCCGCCGACCCGGAAACCUUCGGCAAGAACCGGGAGCUGGAGGUCAUCCACUCCCGCUGGGCCAUGCUCGGCGCCCUGGGCUGCGUCUUCCCGGAGCUGCUUGCCCGCAACGGCGUCAAGUUCGGCAAGGCCGUGUGGUUCAAGGCGGGGUCCCAGAUCUUCAGCGAGGGCGGCCUGGACUACCUGGGCAACCCCAGCCUGGUGCACGCCCAGAGCAUCCUGGCCAUCUGGGCCACACAGGUCAUCCUCAUGGGCGCGGUCGAAGGCUACCGCGUCGCCGGCGGGCCACUGGGCGAGAUCACCGACCCGUGUACCCCGGCGGCAGCUUCGACCCGCUGGGUUUGGCUGACGAUCCCGAGGCCUUUGCGGAGUUGAAGGUGAAGGAGAUCAAGAACGGACGGCUGGCCAUGUUCUCCAUGUUCGGUUUCUUUGUUCAGGCGAUCGUCACCGGGAAGGGUCCGCUGGAGAACCUGGCCGACCACCUGGCGGACCCCGUCAACAACAACGCCUGGGCCUACGCUACCAACUUCGUCCCCGGUAAGUGA